GGAGUCUUGGGAGAACAUGGCGGCUGAGGGUUGAGUCGAGGCUAACCCUGCCGAUGUUUUGAUCGUGUUUACUGUCUCCUGCUCUCACUUCUUGGACCAACUUGUGAAUACGUGAUGACGUCGUUACACUGUGUUAUCCACCCCCUGCCGGGUAACGAGGACCAGCUAAAUGAAAGGCUGAGAGAAUUGGGCCUUCGGCUCAAUUGGUCAGGGGGUGUUGGAGUGAGUGCAGUAGCAGGGUUGAGGGAGAAUAUCCGGCAGGUUGCUAUUGGCCCCUCACACAUUGCAGUGCUCACUGAAGAAGGUCGUGUGGCCCGAUUGGUAUUUUCAAUCAAUACCGAUGCUCUUGAUCUGAACAAGGGUGAUCAAAAGCAGGGCAACUGCAACAAGGGGAGCACUCAGAGUAGCACCAAGCUAACAGCACGCAUGUCCACUGGAGGACGGCGGAUUGUUCGCACCACAUCUGGCUCUGGAGGUGUGAGGGGACGGGGAGCUGGAGUAAUAAUGGGGUCAUCUCGCCCCAUGUUGCCAGCCCAAUAUGUCCCUGAAGAACUUAUCUCCCAGGCACAAGUUGUACUGCAGGGAAGAAGCCGCAACCUUAUCAUCAGAGAGCUUCAGAGAACCAACCUUGAUGUGAAUCUGGCUGUAAACAACCUUCUGUCACGAGAUGACGAGGAUGUAGAGGAACCAGAAGAGAGUGGUGAUUCAUAUGUGCCAGAAGACCUCAUCUCCCUUUUAGAUGCUGGAAUAUCUGUGGCUGCUGACCAUCCCUCUGUGAUAAUAGAUGCUGAUGCCAUGUUUUCUGAUGACAUGUUUGGGUACUCCUCAGUGCGCAGUCGAUCUGGAGGGAGCCGGGGACGGGCAGGAGAGCGUGACCGUGAAGGCUCUGCUGGCUCCACUGCCUCAGAGCACCGGGCCGACAGAGAGCUGAGGUGGAGGGACCGCCAUUAUUCAGGGCCCCGCAAGUGGCUCUCAAAUGCGCUGCUUUCAGUUCGAGUAGCACAACCCCACUCAGAAACAGGAAAGAAGAAGGAUUCACUUCUACCAGAUGCUAUUGAUGUGGCUGACAACCUGCAGUACUGGCCAGAGAGGCAAGGCAAUCUUAGUGCUCUGCGGUUCUCGCACAUUGCUGCCCUUCAUUCUGAGCUGGUGGCUGUGUCAACAACAGGACAGCUUUACCAGUGGCGCUGGGCUGAUAAAGAUCCUUAUGUCCAUCCAGAGCUGUCAAAUGUACACCAUCCCAAGGCUGUUCCAUUGGGAUUGUUAGGAGAGAGAGUGGUGGCUAUCAGUGCUGCAGGAGUGAGGUGCAGUGUGGCUACAGAAUCUGGCAGAGUUGCAACCUGGCUGGAUGAGACUCUAGCUGAUGUGGCCACCAAACUAGAGCAACCAGCACAGUCAUUCCCAGAAUUGCAGAAUGAGCGCAUAUUGUCCCUCCAUACAUGUCAGCUGUAUACCUGUGCCUGGUGUGAGUCUGGUUCUCUCUUCUGGUGGGGUGUCUUGCCCUUCAAUCAGCGAAAGAAACUCUGGGAAAAGUUUCGCAGUAAGAGUCGCAAGCAACGCUCAGAGAUCACAGAAGGAGUUCAGGUUGGCAUGCGAUCAUCACCCAUGUACCACCCAGGUGCCCUUGCCUUCUCCACCUCAGGUGGUGUCCCUAAAAUUGGACAGUUAAUUAAUGCUGCCUGGAAUCUUAGUGACACCUGCAGGUUCAAGAUUCUUCCUCCUGGAGGAGUGAUGAGUGGGUCCAGCAGUGGAGGGGGAGGCAGCAGUGGUGGUGGUGGUGGUGGGAGCAGCUCCUCCAGUUCCAGCAGCAGUUCAUCAUCAGGUUUUCAGUCUAACAGUGGCAGUUCCUCAUCUCAGUGUGUAUCUAAUAGUGGAGGGGGUGGGAGCAGUGGCAGCACCAGUGGGAGCAGUGGGAGUGGAGAGAAGAAAAGUUUGUCAUCUGAGGUUUUGGGGUCAGCAGCCAAGGCCCUGAAAUGUGGAGACAGUAAAGAAACCUCUGACAAGCUGGACAUGCCUCCACCACCGUCUCCAGCAUCCAGCACCUGCUCAGAUACAGGUUCCAUCACGUCCCCUGCUUCUUACAAGCGGGGCAAGCGUCCUGCUCCUCGCGAUGAAAUGGAACGGUUUGAUGAGGAAGAGUGGCCACUGCGAGAUGUCAUCUUUGUUGAAGAUACAAGGCCAGUGCCAAUAGGAGAAGUCCUGGCUGUUGAUGGAAAUCAGGUUGUAGUUGUUCCUCAGACAAAAGAAGGCAAAGGUAACCUGCGAGUGAUCCACCGUGACCAGCUGCAGGUGAUCCGUGCAGGAGGCAACCCUCGCGUGCCUGACUGUUAUCAAAAGACUCCCAAGAGGAUUCCUAUUUCAGAGCAAGGACAGAUCCUCACUGUGGCUGUGGAUAGUAGAGGAAUACACGCCAUUGUGAAGAAUGGUAGCCGCCUGACUUAUGCCAUAUACAAUUUGAGUUCAGGCAAGGCAGAGCAAGAAUGUAUGUUUCCCACUGACAGUACAGCAUUUAUGGGUUCAGAACCUUCGGGUAUCUCGCUCACUAUAACUGGUGAGAGUGAAAAUGUUGGUGUUCUGCGUGAUGGGAACAGCACUAUCUACCCCUUGAGUAAAGACUGUGUUGACUCUAUCAAAGACCCUCACUGGCCAGAUCUCCCUCCAGUGUCUUGUCUGGGGGUAGCCACACACUUCCUUCAUGGAGCUGGUGCCCACCAGAAAAAUCACGUGGCAAUUCUUGUCCUUGCACUCAAAACUCAAACAUUGAUGCCUAAGAUUCUUCGCUGUGAUCCUGAGGGUGUGAGGCAGGUCUUGGCUCUUCUUGAGAAUGAUACUCCAGAUACCUUAACCAAUCUUACUUCAGAGACAAUAGUAGAAGAAAAGUGUGAUGGUAAUCGUAACAUCCUCCAUGCUUGCAUAUCCACCUGCUGUCCUGUUACUAGCAAGGAAAGUGAAGGAGAGUCUGUACUGGAAAAAGACCCCAUUUUAGGCAGUUUUGCCUGGCCACCAAGCUCCUCUGAUACUCUGAGUGACACUGCUAGUGGUGCUGGGCCCGAUGAUGAUCUCAUCACCCCUUCAUCUUCCAAAACUGCACCUGGACCUAGUAUGCCCACCAUUGGAACCUCAGACCCAACAGAGCGGAAAUCUUUCUCACUAACCAUAUUGCGAACCAUUUGUGACAGUCCUUCAUUGGCCCCACACUUAAGAAACUUACUGAUUGCUAAAGAUUCCAAUGGCUUCACCCCAUUCAUGCUGGCAGUGUCUGGACGAGCUUAUCAGGCAGCUCUUAUACUGUUUGAUGUGAUUCACCGUGUUGCUCUUGAAAGUGCUCUGGAUGCAGAGAGUGUGCGGCGAGCAGUCACACAAAUGAUAUUUCCACGGGGAAGUAAUCCUGAUGACUCUCCACUCCAUGUGUUGUGCUAUAAUGACACUUGCUCCUUUACUUGGACAGGGGCAGAACAUAUCAAUCAAGACAUAUUUGAGUGCAGAACUUGUGGAUUAGUAGGUUCCUUGUGCUGUUGUACAGAAUGUGCAAGGGUUUGCCACAAAGGUCAUGACUGUAAACUAAAGAAAACUUCACCAACAGCCUACUGUGAUUGUUGGGAAAAGUGUAAAUGUAAGGCACUUAAAUCAGGGCACCAGACUGCAAGAUUUGAUCUCCUGUCCCGCUUGAUAACAGAAACAGAUCUUGUUAAUAUUGCAAAUGGGCGUGGAGAAAACCUUCUCUUGUUCCUUGUACAAACAGUCGGACGGCAAGUGACAGAACAGAAGCAGUGGUCUAGGAGUCGCUCUACAUCGUCAGCCCGAAAGAACACCCUGUCUGAGGUGACCAUGGAGGUUCCAGACCACGACCUUGAGCCUCCUAAGUUUAGUCGCCGAGCCUUAGAGCGCCUUUUGAAUGACUGGGCAGCUGUGAGGGCCAUGGUGAUGACGGGUCACAAGGAAGAAGUUCCUCCAUCCAAUGCAUCUACUGAUGAAAUCAACUUCAUGCAGUAUCAGGGCCAUACUACUCAUUUAGACAAGUUUACUUACUGUCUUCUCGUGAAGUUGGCAACUCAGGUGGAGCCCCGUAACCUCAAACUUAAGCAGCUUAUAAACAGUGAUGACGAUGAACGCAAGAUGAUUGCAGACACCAUGGUCACAGCCCUCAUUAAUACACUCAUUAGAGAACUUCAUAAUGACAGUGUUCCAGGCCGGAAGCAAGAAGCAGAAAAGGUUGUUCGAAGGUUCAUAGCAUCGGUUGUGCGCAUCUUUGUUAUCUUGGCCAUAGAGAUGAUUCCUAAUGCUGGAAAGAAGAAACCAGGAAGUUCAUAUACACAACCACUGGCCAAGUGUAUCAAGGUGUUUGAGUCACUGAUCCCUGUGGCAGUGACGGAACUCUGUGAUGCUGCUGAUGCUCUCAUGCUUCCUGUGCGCCUCAACUAUGUCAAGCCAACUGCUCCUUUCCCUCUCACCUCUACCCAUGUGGAUGCAAAUCAUGGCUGUAAGGAGAUGUUUGAAGUGGAACCACUGCAAAGAUAUCACCAUCGCUUUGGGGGAGGUAGCAUGGAGCAGCCAUCCACCUCGACCAGCAGUAGCAGAGGUGGAAGUGUUAGCAUGAGUGGUGCACCUGGGGAGGAAGUAGAAGAGGGAGGUGAAGAGGAGGUGGCACCUAGCAUGUCACGACCUGGACCAGCACCUGCGUCGAGGUCACGAAGGACUCGACCUGACCACAUCCUCCCUCCUCAAGUUGAUGAUCAUGAUAAUGAAGGUGGCAGUGAAAGAGAUGAUGCAAAUGAGCGUUCUGAACAAGAAGGUGAUGGUGUUGCUGAAGUGGAAGGGGGAGAAUCAGACAUGGAACUGGAUCUUUUAGCAGAAUCUGACAGUGACAGUGAUGACAACCAAUCUGCUGUAGAUAACACUUCUGCACAGAGGUCAGUUCAGACUGGUGCGACAGCUGGCAGUGAUGGUGAAGAUGACUCUGGGGAAUCAUCGCCCGGGGAAGAUGAGGACGAUGAGAGUGAAGCAGCUGAAACUGAUGAAUUUGACUCUGCAGAACUAUUAUCUGAUGAACAGCUGGAGAGGAGAGGAAACACCUCUUCCACAGCACGUAACAUUGCUCCCCACAAUCUCCAGUGGGCGGUUAGAAAUCCAAGGGAUACCAGUUCACGUUCAGGAGGAACCACCGGAGGACCAGCAGCAACAGGCUCCUCAAGUACAACAUCAAGUGGUCUGAUAUAUAUUGAUCCAACAUCACUCAGGCAUGGUCCAACAUCCAGCUCCUCUGUGACUCCUUCUUCCCAUGAACCAGUCAGCUUGGCCACCACAAACAACACUCUGGCCAGAGCUUUUACCAUUGUUGUUAGGCAAAUGAGUUCACUCUUAAGUCUAGCUUGUGAUUUAGUAAGAGAUGGAGUCUUGACCUCUAGAACACCAGGAGGAGGAGCAGGGGCAAGCAGCAUUCCUGGCAGCAGUGGAAGCAGCACCACUGCCAAUCAGAUCUGCUUGACGCCCACCAUCAUAUCGGCUCUGCUCAAGCAGGUGGAUGCACGCCUCCAGCCGACAUGGGACUGGUUACUAAGUCUGAUGGACUCAACAGAGUCUCAACUGAGAUUUGGCCGUGAGUUGAACCAGCUGAUUGAAGGCAGUGGUGGAGGAAGCACAUCCACAUCUACAUCAGCCCCUGCAGGGAUUCCAGCAUCUCGGCCCCGGGAGCGAAGUGCCGGCAGGACAGGACUCUUCAUCAGAGACCCUCUUACGGGACCCUUGUCCAGAUACCAGAGUGCCAGGAGGGGUGCCCGUGCUGUGACCAGUACUGCAGACCCCCAAAAUGCCAGAAGGGAUACGCUGUCAUAUGUUGUGUCCCUCCUUAGAGCACAUAAGAAUGAACAUUGUGAUACAUUACCAGACAUAGAUGUUGGCUCACUGAAACAUAUAGCAUAUGUCUUCGAUGCACUCAUCAGUUACCUUCGCUGCUGUGAGAGUGACAGCAGUGCCCACAUAGAUUCUGGUGGAGCAGAGUGUACUGGCUUUUCUUGGGAGCGGGAUGAAAAUGAAAAUGAAGAUGACAUGGAUGAUCUCCCUUCCAUCACUCCAUCAGCUGGGGACAGUGAGUCAACUGAUGAAGACUCAAACCUUUCCAAUUCAAGAGGAAGGAAACACACCUUCUUUCAGAGAUCCCAGUCUACUUUGUGUCUGGGAUCUCUGGGCCCAGAUGUCUUCAGCACCAGCCUGCAGGAAGCACUGCCUCUGGCUGACAAGCCUCAUCUCCUUCAACCCAAUGCUCGCAGAGAAGAACUUUUUGGCAUUCCACGAGCACACUCGCACAGUUCUGGGACUGAAACAAGAACACCAUUGGACACUCCACUAUCUCGUCUUGGUGUGCUGGACAACUUGCACAUGGUUGGCCCCUAUCCACCCACACCUCCGCAGUCUUAUGCUCAUAUGUUGGGAUCUGUGCGAACUGUGGACCACCAGCCAACUGACCUCUCUGUUUAUUCGAGUGGACACAUGAGAGACAUCAAGGAUGAAGAUAUGAGUGAAGAUAGUGGAGAGACUUCACAAGAGAGAGCUCCAAUUAUUGUUUCCCCAAGGCGAACUGGAAGUAGUCUUGCUGAAGGUAUGAGUGACCACACCAACAAUGCUGCUGGUCACUUUUCCUCCGAAUCUACGCCAGCUAGAGCCAGUGUUAAAAGUGUCAUUGUGAGAGUUGGAUCAUCACCAGUGUCAAGUGCAUUCAAGUCUGAGGGAAGCACAUCUUCAUCCCUGGCACCAAACCUGGCCUCCACUUCCACCACUUCCUACUCCUCUGGCUGCAUCGGUGGGCGGGGUGGAACAGACCUGCUGGUUGUUCCCUUGGAUGGCCGCAGCAGCCGUGGCUCUGAAAUGGGCGUCCACACUCCUCAUGAUGUGUCAGCAAAUGUUACCAUUGAUACCACACAUGACCAAAUGAAGCCGACUUUGUUGAGAAAUGGAGUGACUCAAGAUUUGCUGUUGGGUCGUUGGCGGCUGACAUUGGAGUUGUUUGGAAGAGUGUUUAUUGAUGAUGUUGGUGCUGAGCCGGGCUCCAUAAUUGCCCAGCUAGGGGGCUUCCCUGUAAAGGAGGCAAAGUUUAGAAGAGAAAUGGAGAAGCUGAGAAAUUGCCAGCAACGAGACAUGAAUCUCACAAAGAUUGACCGUGAAAGAGGACAGCUAAUUGCUCAGACAUUCAAGGAGCUCAACACACAAUAUAAUAACUACCACAGGCGAGGCACACAGUCUUCCCCACCCUUAGCUGUGAAUCGUGUCAAAGUAACAUUCCGAGAUGAGCCUGGGGAAGGGUCAGGGGUGGCCAGGUCAUUCUACACAGCAAUUGCUGAAGCUCUCCUUUCUGGUGAAAAGCUUCCUAAUCUAGAGCCUUGUCAGGUUGGUUUAUCUGUGGUAAGAUACAGCUUAUAUGGGCAGUACAAAGGACGGGACAGAGAUCGCCGUCAGGGAGCAUCAUCGUCUCGAUUACUACAGAGAAGAGAGUCCCGAAAGACUCUUUCUGUUGAUGCUCGGCCAUUUUACAUGACUGGGGAAGGAACAAGCAAUGAGCACCUGCCUUCCAAUGUGCUGCAGCUGGGAGAGGCUCUCUUCCCUAAAGUUCAGAACCUGAGACCAUCAUUAGCCAGUAAGAUCACUGGAAUGUUGCUGGAGUUGACUCAUGCACAACUGCUGCUGCUGUCUGCCAGUGAAGAUGCACUACGCCAAAAAGUGGAUGAAGCAGUGGACUUGAUACUUGCCCAGGGUCGAGAUCACACACCAGAAUAUUCCCCUUCACAUCAAGAUACAGAUGAAGGUGGAGAAGAGCCUGAGGAUGCCAGUGCUCCUUUAUUCUAUCAGCCUGGCAAGAGGGGAUUCUACUCUCCAAGGCAAAGCCGCCCAGGCCUCGAAAGACUUAAUGCAUUCCGUAACGUUGGAAGACUUCUUGGGUUGUGUUUGCUACAAAAUGAAUUGUGCCCCAUCUACUUGAACCGUCAUGUCCUUAAGUAUAUUCUUGGACGACCAAUCCGCUUCCAUGACCUGGCCUUCUUUGAUCCUGUGAUGUAUGAGAGUCUACGUAAGCUGGUGCUGGAUGCAGAAAACAAAGAUACUGGUACUGAUGUCUUCAAAGCACUGGAUUUGACAUUUAGCAUUGAUGUAAUCUCCGAGGAGGGUGGCACAAAUGUUGAACUGAUUAGUGGAGGCCGCAACAUUGAAGUGACCACCAGCAAUGUGUAUGAUUACGUGCGCAAGUAUGCAGAGUAUCGAAUGGUAAAGUCACAGGAAAAGGCCCUGCAGAGUGUGCGUGAUGGGGUAUUUGAUGUCAUCCCUGGUGGAUCCCUUGACUCUCUCACUGCUGAAGAUCUGCGACUGCUCCUGAAUGGUGUUGGAGAUAUUAAUGUUGCAACCUUGAUAUCAUAUACUUCUUUUAAUGAUGAAAGUGCUGAAUCUAAUGAUCGCCUUAAUAAGUUUAAGCGCUGGCUUUGGUCUAUUGUGGAGAAGAUGACCAAUCAAGAGAAACAAGACCUGGUAUACUUCUGGACGGGUUCACCUGCCUUGCCUGCAUCAGAAGAAGGGUUCCAGCCCAUGCCAUCAGUAACCAUCAGACCUGCAGAUGACUCUCACCUGCCCACUGCGAAUACCUGCAUCAGCCGCCUCUACAUCCCAUUGUACUCCACACGUGCUAUUUUGCGCUCUAAGCUCCUAUUAGCAAUCAAGACAAAGAAUUUUGGAUUUGUUUGAGAAGAACAUCCCCCCAAAAAGCAGGAAAAAAAAAAAGGUCAGGAAAUUGUGACACCUCCCAAACUAGGCCAGAAAACUUGGUUAGAAUAAAGUGGGAAGUUUAUAGAGAAAACUUUUCUUGUAUUUUGACGUGUUUCAAUAUAUACAGGCAUCAUAGAACGAACAAGUGAAAAUGACAGUUAUCCUUGAUAAUACAAAUGUGACGCAUCAAGUGUUGCAGAAAUAUUGCAGAGUGAUUAAUUGAAAGUGAUUGGGGAUAAUUAUUUGAAUGAGAUGAAAGUUGUCGAAGCAUAAUCCUAGAAUUUACUUCAAUGGAAAGCUAAUGGUUGUAUCUGUUUUGCUGUUGUGUGAAAAUCAGCAUUCAGCUGUAGUGUGGAAGAUGUUUUGUAUUUAUAAGAUCUAUACAAAGAAAAAUCAAACCUUGCAAAGGAGAGAGUGUAA